AUUUGGCAUUGUCUUGUGGGAGCUGAUGACGCGGGGUGUGAACCCCUACCCUGAAGUGGACAACUGGGACAUAGUGCGGUACCUGAAGCAUGGAAGACGUAUGCCCCAGCCCCAGUACUGCCCAGACCAGCUGUAUGCAAUUAUGCGCAAGUGCUGGCACCCAGAACCCCGCAAGCGUCCAGACUUCAGCCAGCUGGCACACGAGGUGACAGAGAUGAUCAACAUGAUAGAGCAGGCCAUGAAGCAAGGAGAGCACACAGCAGACAUCCAAACCACCUACGUGAACAUGGAAAACUGCACUGACUACCACUACACAGAUGAGCUGAUGCCUCCUGGCUCUCCGAUGUCGGAUGAACCGAACUCUGAGCCUACUUCCCCAACCUCUCCUACCUCUGCACAACCCCUGCCUUCUCCCCCCUCAGCCAUGGCUCCCUCUCCCCCUGCUGCCAGUGCAGCCACAGGAACGUCUGCAGAUCUUCCACAGAAAUCCACAGCAGUUGCAGCAGUCAUGCAUGUAAAACCAAAACCAGUUCCCUCUCCAAAGCCUAAACUUUCUAUCAAACCAGACAAAAAAGAAGUGAAUGCAAAGACAGAAAUUAACCCAAGGAGUCCUACUACAAGCAAGAAUAAUUCCAAUGAUAAGAAAGCAGGCGGAGGAGAUAUGGCAAAGAAUGGGGAAGUUUUAAAUGACCCUGAAAAAUCUCCUUUAAUGAAGCCAGGAAGUAAAGGGGAGCAAAAUGAGUCUAUAGCGUAAAAUAAAAAGAAAAUAGUGUUUAUUCAUAUAUUAUAUAAUGUAAUCUCUUUAUUAGAAUGAUUUAUGCAAAAAUAUUUUUGUUUAGAAAAUUUUAUUGUACAGUUUUUAUAUAUUUUAAUUGUAAAUCAGUUGUUGUUUUUUUGCUGCAACUUACUGAAAUGUUAUUAUGUGUCAGGUGAUGUUCUGAUAAGUUCAUGGUUGUUAAUUAACCAAGGUUAGACUAUGUUUUACCAUGUGGUUAGCGAACAGAAAUGUUUAUUGAACUUGUUCCUAAAGUAGAUACACUUACUAAAGCUUUAAUUAAAUAUUGCAAUGUUUAUAUGAGUGAGUAAAGAAUUUUAGCUUAUUCUACUAUGUUCUUCUGUAAUGGCUGAACCUCUUGUGAUUUAAGGUUGUGGAAAAAAUAACAGGUUUGUGAUUUUAUUCUCUGGAGUCAAUGAAAUUAUUUUGCGAAACACAUAUCUGCAUUGUUCUGUAAUUAAGUGAAAUGUAUGCAAGGUUAAUCAUUUGCCAUGUGUGAUGCUGGAAGAAAUUCAAUAAACUUUUACAUCUUUUUUUGUACAACAACGCCCAAAAUAAGUGGAAUUACUUUUUAUGAUCUGUAUUUUAAUCUAACAUAUUGAAAUAGUUCAAAUGGACAAGAAAGAGUUUAGUGGCAAAAUCUUGGAUUUUAGUAGUGUUUUUAUUAUUCUCUUGGCCCAAAGAAGAGUGUGCUGUAGUAAAGUUUAUUUAUUUUGGUUAAAUGGUCCAUGGUUUACAUAAUGCAGCAUGAAACAUGCUGUAAAUUAUUCUUAAUAAUUAAAAAAGAAAAUUAUUAAAAUGAAGAGUUUUCAUCAUUGUGUGUUUUCUUCAAUGACGGAGAAAUAUUAUUUAUUGAAAUAAUCUUUAUAUACAUUUAUUUUACAUAUUCAACAUACAUUCUAGCAGCAAUACAUAUGUUUAGGUAUAACCAGUUUUCAGUAAUUUUACAGUCAAUUUCUCGCUUUAUAGAAAUCAAGGUACAUAUACUGUGGUUGUACAUUGUCUCAUGGCAAGUAAUCAUCCAUCUUUUGAAUGUUGUAGGAAUUAUUACAAACAAAAAAUACAAACAGAAAUGGCUAAGUGUUACCAGCGUAAUUACUUCUUAACUUUUGCAGGAAUCCUCAUAAUAUUAUACAUUUAUUAACAAUCAGUGAAUGAUAUGAACUCCAGAUGAUUAUGACUAAUCUGGCCCGUUAACUGCAUGGAAAUAUUCAUUUUUAUGUUACUGAAAUUAUCAAUUAGAAAAAUGAUAAAGACCCUUACUAAUAACAGAAGUUUGUGACUGUUCUAAUUGGGAUAAAAUAAUAAGAAGUUAAUACUUAUGAAACUUUGAAUACAAAUUGGCAUAAAUGUAUCUAAUAAUAUGCUAACAGGUCAUUUGAAACUAUGAUGUGUACAGAUAUAUGAUAUGUAUGUAUAUACUUCCUUAUGUGGGAAUCAUGUUUCUGUUUGUAUAUAUGUUUGUAUAAAAUGUAUAUUCCUAAUCAAUUUCCAUUUUUAUAUAUACAUUCCUUUAAUUGUUUAUAUUUAAGCAAUUUGCUUUCUAGUAUAUUCAAUUGUAUUAUAUUUUAAUGAUCGUAUAUGCUUCAUGUAUGUGUCUGUCAUAACAUUGUAAUGGCAGAUUGCUAUUCCAUAUUUAUCAAAGUAUGUACUGGUAUGCACAUUUGUUCUUCUGUUUGUUUCUGGCUUAUUCAACUGGCCUUCUGUUUUCUUUUGCUCAAUGUAAUAAAGGUUGUAAUGUUUUGAACAUGUUGGUUGCACCAGUAAUUAGCCUUACGAAAUACAUUUAAACACAUAUGUGAUAUCUUUGCAUUAAUUGUAGUCAUAGUGUACGUUUUUUUUAUACAAACAAAUGUGGGCAUUUAUGUUUAUUAUUCUUUACUUUUUCUCAGCAAAAUAUUUAAAAAACAAUAUUCCUAUGAUUUGGUUGUUUUCCACGCCAAACCUGUUUUAAGAUAUAUGAAUAUUUUUGUUAUAUUGGUAAAGAUUUUAUUUUUGCCUUUGAAAGUUUAUUUUAACAGUCAUUUUUCAUAUGACUUGAGAACAAACUUUUAAUGUUUUAUUAUGUCAAUUGCUGUAAGUGCUUUAAUUAAAGUUUGUUGAAAUACCAUAUACAACUUAAUGAGUACUUGGGACAAACCAGAUUAGUGCAAUUGUUUUCACAGGUGCAUCAUGUUAAUGAUGUUUUAUAUGCAGAUAUAUUCAGACACAAACAGAACCUAUAUAUUGUAUUUGAAAACACUAAUUAUUUGUAUACCCUGUUUAUAGUGUGCCUUUAUUGUAUGUUGUAUUUGUAUAGUUUUCUAUAAGUAAAAUGUGCUUUAAGAUAUUGACCACUUACAAAUAUGUAUACACAAUUUUUUAAUAUAAAAUAUAUACGAACAAUUACUUUCAGAAGCAUGUGCAGGGUAUGGCAUCAUAUAAUGGUUUCAUUCGUUAUUUAAAGGUCAUAUUCAACAAUAACUUAAGUUCGUAAUAUUAAAAUACAUAGUAUAAAAUGAAGUUUAAAAAAAAGUCAAUGUUAUAACCGUUUGUUAUAACUAUAAACCACUAGGUUAAAGUUCAAAUAAUGCUGUGUUUUGUUAACACCUAUUUGAAUUACUUCCCUCUGCUAUGAAGUCAGAUAAGAAAUAUAAAGCCUCUAUUUAUUUGUUGCAUGGUUUAAUUUCUACUUUUAAGAGAUUGAUUGCUCAGUCACAUAUUUAUGUAACCAUGACAUUCAAUUUUUCUUUCUAAAAAAGGUUUGACUCAAUGAUAUAUUGGAUGAGUUCCAAAAUGGUACCGGUUGCUUGAAAAACAUGCAAUGGGGCGGUUCAUGUUUCUAAAUAUUUCUUUAUAUUACAUCACCUUGUCAACACUCUAGAGGCAACAUUUAUUGUCUGAUCUUAAUGAAACUUGGUCAGAAAAUUUGUCCCAAUGAUAUCUUGGAGGAAUUUAAAAAGUGUUCCGGCUGGUAAAACAUGACCGCCAGGGGUCGGGGUAUUUUUAGCCUCAUAUGGCUAUAGUAAAACCUUGUUUAAGUAAUUAGCACUCUAAAAGCUACAUUUUUAGUCCACUCUUCAUGAAACUUGAUAAGAACAUUUGUUCUAAUGAUAUCUUGGGGAUGCACUGAGCAGGUAAGUUCCUUUGUAUCUCAGUUGACCGACUUUGGGCAUUUCAGGCCCUCUUGUUUAUAUCAUGAAGUUUUCCGUGUUCAAAAGUUACAUCCUGCAAUAUUAACUUUUGAAAACCAAGUUACAAUUUAAAAAUUAUGUUUUAUUAAAUAAAACAAUUAAACCAAUUUAUAUCCUUAACAGUUAAGUUAUGACAUUGAUUUGUAAACACCAUUUUAAUUAAAUAACAUGCAAAUCUGUUUAAUUAUCGCAUAAAAUAUAUAAAUAGUUGUCUUAUUCAUUUAUCAUGUUCUAAAUGCUGUAUUAGUCAUAAGUUUUGUGUUUA